AUGUGGUUUCAUGAUCCAUCGAGAUGUCUUGGCCUUCCACGCGUCAUAAACAUCAAUCGGCAUGAUCAUCGUGUUUCUCGCACUUCUCUUCUUGGUGUUGUGAAUUCUGUAUGUGGAGUUUGUCGCCAGAAGGUGGAUUGGACUUGUGGGGGUUAUCUUGUAAGAGGUGCACUGGCUAUGUCGUGCAUUCGAAAUGUGCUACCAAGAGAAGGAUGUUGGAACGGGAAAGAACUUGAAGGAGUACCUGAAGAAACAGAAGAUAUAGAGCCAUAUGUGUUACAGACGAGACUAAUUGGUUCCGGUGUUGUGCUUGUCUUAGAAUGUCCAAUGGUUUCAGGUACAAUGAUGAGAAACUGGAAGGAGUUAGAUGUCCGAUGUGGUUCGAUUUCUGAGCCAUUUGUCCAUCCAAGUCAUCCCAAUCAUCCUUUAUUUGACAUUCCAAAUAAUCUUUCUACAAAGUGCAAUGGUUGCAAAACUUAUAGGGGAUAUGCUGAGCUCAGUUGCAUUGAAGAUGGUUGUGGAUUUGCCUUAUGCUACGGUUGCGCCACUUUACCACAAGUUGUAAAGCACAGAGUUCACGAUCAUCCUCUCACACUAUGCUAUGGAGAAGAUGCAAGUGGUAAAUACUGGUGUGACAUUUGUGAGAGAGUAUGUGAUCCAAGGAAGUGGUUCUACACGUGUAAAGAUCACCAUGCUAGUUUGCAUACAAAAUGUGUGCUCGGACCUUAUGUAGGGUUCAUGCCAAGAAGCAUACUAGAGGAUUUGGACUCAUAUGAGGUGGUGCUCAAUGGUAGUGUGUCUCGCCCAUUUUGCACCAAGUGUAAGUUGCGUUGUGUAUACCCUAUCAUCUUGAAGAGGCUUGGAGUUGGAGUCUCAGAUGGAUACACUUGCUCUUUACUAUGUGCAUAUAAAUUCAAAUAG